CAGGGCGUGCGUUGCGCCGCCGUGACCAACGCGCCGAGGGCCAACGCAGAGCUGAUGCUCGGCGCGAUCGGCGCCGUGGCGGGCAAGGAGAGCCUCAGCUUCUUCUCGCCGUUGAUCAUUGGCGACGAGUGCAGCCACGCAAAGCCGCACCCGGAGCCCUACCUCGCCGCGAUGCGCCUCCUCGGCGUAGAGGCGGAGAACUGCCUCGCGUUUGAGGAUUCGCCGUCCGGCGCCGCCGCGGCCGUGGCCGCAGGCACCCAGACCGUCGGCAUCACGUCGACGCAAACCGCCGAGAAGCUCGAGGAGGCGGGCUGCAGCAUCGCGAUCCGCGAUUUCGAGGACCCGGGACUCGCAGCACUGCUGCGAGACACAUGGACAUUG